AUGUCCUACAUAUUCUCCGGCGCCUCCUCCUUCGACAAGGACCUCAGCUCGUGGGACGUGUCGGCGGCCAUCGACAUGGACGACAUGUUCGACGGCGCCUCCUCCCUCAGCGACUGCAACAAGGCGCUCAUGCACGCAAGCUUCGUCGCACAGACGAGCGCGUGGCCCUCCUCCUACAACUCGCGGGGCUCGCUUGC